AGAUGGGCAGGAAGGCGGGGCUGAAAGUUCCUACUCCCCGGAGGCAGAGAACCAGUGUGGCCUGCCUGCUGGUAAUUUGAGACAGGAGAUCCCACUGGAAUAUAUCCAUAGAGAGACAAGGCCUUUGGACUUCCAGAGAGAUCUGAGAGAUAUAGAUUUUACAGUGUGACUCCCUUCUUUUUGGACUGGCUACGUGUGCCUGAUGUCAUGAGUCACUACAGUCAGACCAUAGAUCUUCUGGGCCUGUUUUCUUAAGUGACAACUGGGACUGAGACUGGGAGUUGCAAGCUAAACAACCCCGGGGUUUCCCAACAACGUGGUUCCAGCCACUCAGGACCUUCCCUGGUUGAGUCCGGUCUAAAAUGAAUUCCAGGAUGAUAUCGAUCACGGUGGGCAUCUUCUCCAUGCUGAACACCAUCCAGUUCUUCAUCUUCGAGCUGAACCAGAUGACACACAUCGGCUUCGAGGAUAAAUACAGCAUCUACUUGGACACAGAAUCCGACGUGGCUUCCUGGGUCGUGGUCUACAGGCAUAACAUCAGCACAGGACUGUCCAUCGCCACCAUCAUGGUCAGCUGCUUUUUCCUCUUCUGCCUCGACAAGAACAUGUUCAUCGGACUGCUAAUCUAUACCGUCUGGAUCACUGUCUACGAGCUGCUCAGCUUCAUCAUGGUCCUGCUCAUCCACGGCACCAUCAAGGAGCAGUUCAAGGAGCUGGGCUAUCUGUACCUGCUCCUGCAGAUCUCACGCAUGCUCCUGCACUUCGCCGCCCUGCCCUUCGUGGUCAAGCACGGCUACACGCUCUACAGGGACCCCAAGAUCAUGAGCUUAGCUGGCCGCCGCAAGCGUUCCUCCAUCAGCACCGUGGACUCAUGGCCCCCGGUCGGGCUGGGGUCAUUAUACCGCAAAACAAACUGAACCACCACUGGGAUGGUGCACACCCGAGGUCUGCUCAACAGCUUGUCUUCUCAGGGGGUAUUGUUGUUGUUGUUGUUGUUGUUGUUGUUGUUGUUUUGUUUUGUUUUUGUUGGUUUUUUCGAGACAGAGUUUCUCUCUAUAGCCCUGGCCGUCCUGGAAUUCACUCUGUAGACCAGGCUGUCCUCGAACUCAGAAAUCCACCUGCCUCUGCCUCCCAAGUACUGGGAUUAAAGGCCUGUGUCACCACGCCCGGCUUUCUGGGGGAGGGUGGAGGUGUUGAGUUAUAUGCAGCCUGUUAUAGUAUUGUUUACCUAAUGAGAGAGGGGGAGGGGGAGAAAGAGGAAGAGAGAGAGAGAGAGAACCUUUUACGUUGACUAUCUUUGUUGGUGCCUAUUUUUAACAUUUUUUAAAAAAUAUUCGGGGCUGGAGAGAUGGCUCAGCAGUUAAGUGCACUGACUGCUCUUCUGAAGGUCCUGAGUUCAAAUUCCAGCAACCACAUGGUGGCUCACAACCAUCUGUAACAAGAUCUGAUACCCUCUUCUGGAGUGUCUGAAGAUAACUACAGUGUACUUACAUAUAAUAAAUAAAUAAUAU